AUGAAAAGUAUAAUAGAACUUCUAGAGAAUCCUGAAGCUUACUCAAACCCUAAAAAGUUCCUUCCAUUGCCAUUUCUAUUCCUUGACGAACAAAAAUCAGUAGAGAGAUUCUUCAUUAAUGAUGAUGAUAAGUUUAUAUACAUGGGAAGAAAGGCAUUUGUCAAUGUUCUAAAUACUAUUAAUGAACUUAAACGUGGGCGUAGUUAUAUGGAUUGCUUUAUUUAUGACACUAUCAGUCAUGAAUUGGUCAAGAAACUGGAAAAUUACAUUAAGUUAGCCUUAUUUCUUACCUACAUAGAUAAUAUUGAGAAAAUAAUCAAAAUUUCUACCUGUAAAACAACCGAUGAUAUCGUAGCAUUCUGUGAAUCAUCAGAACUAUUAUAUUUUAUUGUAGACCAAAUGAAUGCUUUGGAUUAUCGUAAUAAUACUGAAAUUGUCGAAGUAAAAAAGGCUACAAUUUUAGAUGUCCUCAACAGAAUGACUCCAGAAUAUUAUUGUAUUAAGAGUUCAUCAGCGAAUAAUGAAUCAGCAUUGUAUCUUAUCCAAAAGCAAACUAAUGAUAGAAAGAUUAAACUUUAUGGAGGAUUCGAUGAGGAUGAGAUGUCACAAUGGUGGAUGCAGAAUAGAAAAAAUUUGCCAUCAGUGAAUGAAGAACAAAAGAAAAAAAUCGAAUAUGACACUGGCAAAAAUCCUCUCUUUUGA